CGCACCACGUAAAACAAAACAGAUGCCAUCACACAGCGAGAAAAGACGUUCUCAACGAAGUCAGCUAGCAGUUCUCCGAAGCUGAAAGAAGUCUGCUUUUUCGUGUGAGAGAAGACUGAGAGGAAAAUACAAGCAGCAACUUACCUAGACGGCCCUAGUUAGUCAGCAUUAGAGAAAUCAGAUUAUUUGGUCGUCAGUCGAGAAACUUGCUUGAACACACCACUUUUCUAACACAAACGGUUACCUCAGCAGGUGGCAGACAUUGCUAUGGCCCAGGAGACCAAUCAGAGCCCAGUUCCUAUGCUCUGUGCCACUGGCUGUGGUUUCUAUGGCAACCCUAGGACUAAUGGCAUGUGUUCUGUUUGCCACAAGGAGCACCUAUCAAGACAGAACAAUGGAGGAGUCGGGUCUUUGAGUGCCGUGGGCACCAGCAGUAACUCCACAGCUGAGGCUUCUGCCAUCCAGAGGUUAGAGGCCACGUUGAACAAUGCUGCAGCUGCUGCAGAGGUGGCAGCUGAGGCGGCCGCAGCUGAGGCUGAAGCUGCCGUCUCAGAUGCUCUCAGUGGGAUAUCAAACGCCAUCUCUGUAACACAACAGAUGACUGAAAUGAGCCUCUCUUCGGAGGAGAAAGGAGCAUCAGGAAUCAAAGUAGAAAUCACAGAGCCAGUGGUGAGUCAACCCACUGUUUCAGCCUCCCAUCCUUCCACUGCUGGCAGUGAAGAGGACAAAGCCCCCGAGCCCCCCAAACCCAAGAAGAACCGUUGUUUUAUGUGCCGUAAAAAGGUUGGCCUUACAGGUUUUGACUGCCGCUGUGGGAAUCUGUUCUGUGGAAUUCACCGUUACUCCGAUAAGCACAACUGCCCGUACGACUACAAAUCCGAAGCGGCUGCCAAGAUCCGUAAAGAGAACCCUGUGGUAGUCGCUGACAAGAUCCAAAGAAUAUGAAGAGAGCAGUUUGAUCCAGCUUUCAGACAUGGACCUGAGCCCAGCCUUCUCCCUGACGGGUUUUCUUUUUCUUUUUUUGGUAUUUCUUCAGGAUUUAUUGCCCCCUCCCGGUGCGGAACUGUUCAUGUUUUCAGAUUAUUUUUGGGAGGUGUGUGUAACUUUGAACUUUGCAGCAUUGUUUUGAGAAAAAAAAUACUGUAAAUGCAGAUGGGAGUGGGGUAUCUACAUGUUUGUUGUGACCACAGGAGGUUACAGAAGAACCUUUAAAACUUCGCCUGAUAGCGGCACAGUCCGAUUCUUCUUUUCCUCCUGAAACUGCUUGAAGUUGGUUUGGAAACGGUUUGGACACUUUUUGGGAAUGACUGGGUUCCUGCUGUCGGCUUGCCUCAGCCUGUGCUUGCUCUCUGCUGGCUUGAGUAGCAAAAUGGAUUUUUUUCUCUUUUUUUUUUUUUGGUGUGGGGGGGUUAGGCCUCCCUUUCAUGAGGCCAGGGUUGAACCCCCCUUGCCUUGUUAGACUUUGUGACUCUACAAUGCUUCUCUGUGCCACCAGAACCUUGCAGCCCACUCUGACGUGUUUUAAGAGAUUUUGCUGGGUGGCUCAAAUUCCUCGUUACUGUUUUUUCCCUCCGUUGUUUCACCCCUGAUCUGAGAGGCGUCCAUUUUCCCUCUCAAUCCGUCCACUGAAGUCGCAUGAAGAGGAUGCAGACCCUGUGACUGUUUCAGUUUACGUUUGUUUUAUUUUGCUUUUCAGACACUGUAGCUGUUUGUUGUUUGACAUGUAGCUUUUGGAAGGAUUUAGCUUCACUAAAAUCUUUAUCUUUCACUUCACUUUUUUUUUCUUGUGUUUUUAAUGUGAGUUGAAGUCAGUGUUGGAUGAUGGCCUGUCUCAUGGGUGAGUAUUGUUUGAGGCUAAGUGGUUUAACUGUACUGCAUUGGCUUAUUGAGACCUGUGGUUGUAGGUUUUAAAAAGAUUUUUCUUCACUUUGUUUCUGAUUUGGCUGGUUUUUGUUUUUUACCCUCUUAGUUUUACAAGUUUGUACAAUCCUUUGUAUUUAUAUACUGCAGUGUGUGUAAUCUUCCAAUAAUAAAACAUAUAAUGUAAA